AUGCGCCUUUCUUCUGCUAGCUCGUUCUUCAUCAUCUGCACCCUCUAUUUCUUGCUGGGUGAAUGUCGACCAUUGGAUGAAGCCACGGAAGUAGCAGAAUCCCAUUCAUCCGCGCCGUCCAGUCGGUUGACAUCACGCCACCAACUCGAAGGACUCAUCCCUCGAGGCAAACAAUCGAACGCUAACUCCGGCUCUACAAAAGAUGGAGGCGGGAACGCUGGUACUGGGGGGUCAGGUUCAGGCGGGCAGACAAACGCUAGUCAAGGCUCUUCAACAAAUUCCAAGAAUAAAGAAUGUCAGGAGAUAGAUGAUGAUGAGGUCCCAGACAUAUGA